GCUCAGUCCGGUUCCAAAAUCAGUGUCUCCCUCCGUCACUCUCUUACAUUUUACACAGAGGCUCUCUCUCUCUCUCUCUCUCUCUCUCUCUCGCAACCAUGCUGACUGGGGAUAUACCUCCUAAUCAGACUAUAUACAUUAAGAAUCUCAACGAAAAGGUCAAGAAAGAAGAAUUGAAGAGAUCCCUUUACUCCUUAUUCUCACAGUAUGGAAGUAUUUUGGAUGUUGUUGCCUUGAAGACGCCUAAGCUUCGUGGACAAGCAUGGGUUGUGUUUACUGAAAUAACAUCUGCCAGUGAAGCUGUGCGGCAAAUGCAAAACUUUCCAUUUUAUGAUAAACCUAUGCGGAUUCAAUAUGCAAAAUCAAAGUCAGAUUGUAUUGCUAAAGAAGAUGGAAGCUAUGACAAGAAAAAGAAGCAAGAAGAAAAAGCUGAAAGAAAGCGGCGUGCUGAAGAAUCGCAACAAUCUUCCAUGGGCAAUGGUGCAAGUGCUGAAAAUGGGGCCCCAGCGGCUCCAUUCCGCCAAGGAAACCUAAGUGCACAAGAAGCAGUAGCUCCAAACAAUAUACUCUUCAUAGAGAAUUUGCCCCAUGAAGCCACUAGUAUGAUGUUGGAGAUGCUGUUCCAACAAUAUCCAGGAUUUAGGGAAGUCCGAAUGAUUGAAGCAAAGCCAGGUAUUGCUUUUGUAGAAUUUGAAGAUGACCAGCAGUCCUCCAUGGCCAUGCAGGCCCUUCAAGGCUUCAAAAUCACUCCACAUAACCCCAUGACAAUUACUUUUGCCAAGAAGUAAGCAAUAUCGUUCUCACAGCAAGUGUAUUUUUUAAAUAUUGCCUUGAUUUUGCGGGGUAUAUGUAGUUGUUGAAGUGUUUUAUGCAUACUGCAGUCUUGUUAGGUCUUUAAGAAACCAAGUGCAGAUACUGAUUUUCAUUAGUUAUGAUUUAGAAGAAAAGUAAGAAACUUUCAGAUGGAAUGAGAAAAUUAAACUGCCUUGUAGAAAAUGUAUGAUACUGAAUGCUGUAAAACCAGUCUUACCUUGGUUGCUUUUACGAAUCUAACUGGUUGGGUGCAAUCUUCUUACGUAAUGUGACAUUUCUGGUUUAGUGACUCAUUGUUCAA